AUGGGUUGCUGCUUUUCUGGCACGAACGAGGACCCUCGUGAAUUGAAACCUGUGGAAAUGAAGGCUGUGGUCGCGGAGGGCGCGCUGCCGCGGUACUCGCAGGAGGAGCUGCGGCAGGCGACGGGCGACUGGCGCACCAAGCUGGGGGAAGGCGGCUUCGGCGCCGUCUACAAUGGCAUGCUGCUGCUGCCGCGCAUUGGGGGGGAUGGGGAAGGGGGAGAAGGCGGGGGAGGGGACGGGGAAAGGAGCGGAGGGGGGGACGGGGGAGAAGAAGGGGGAGAUGACGUUAAAGGGAGCAAUGGAGGGGAGGGAAGAGGGGAUCAUGGGGAAGGGGACGGGGGAGGGGGGGACGAUCGGAAUGAGGAGGAGGUGGAAGGGGGGAUGGAUGGCUUGGAAGUGGUGGAAGCGGGUGGGAGGGAGUUUGUUCCGGUGGCGGUGAAGAUGUGCUUGACUGACGAUGAUGAGAGCGGGGCAAGAGAGCAGCUUCUGAUGAGUUACGGCCAUGAGAGGACGCUCGUUCCCAAGGUGGCGGAUUUUGGAUUGGCCAAGACAUGCCAGGACAGGACACAUGUCACGACGCGGGUGGCUGGGUCGAUUGGCUAUAUGGACCCUGCUUACUUUGAAAGAGGUUUCUUAACAACGCAUUGCGACACGUACGCAUUUGGCAUUUUCCUGCUAGAGCUCGUCGCCGGGCGAGGUGUGCUGGACGAGUCAUUUUCAGGACUGAGGGAACUCCUGCAGGACCUAGCGUUCAGGGAAUACGACGAGUUGAUUGACAGGAAUCUGGAGGGGCAGUGGACGGAGGAGCAAGCGGAGGUUCUGGUGGGCAUGAUGCGAGAUGCGAUUCAGAGUGACUGGGCCGAUCGACCCACUACGGAACAGUUGCUGGUGAAGUGGAGGAAUAAUCUGAAUCUAGAGUAA